AUGAUGGGUUGUGAAAACAAAGGAAAUGGACCCUAUGGAAUCACAACUUUUCAGCAAAUUGUCUCUUCCUGUUGUGGUGCUGUUCUAACAUCCAUUUUGGUGACACCUCUAGAUGUUGUCAAAGUUCGACUACAGGCCCAAAGCAAUCCAUCCCUGAAAGGAAAGUCUUUUUUGGAUUCUGAUGGCUUGACUGAUCACAUUUAUCUUUAUGAAAAUGGAACUGGCAAGACUUGGCAUAAGACACCUGGUCGUUUUACUGGCAUGUUGGAUGCUUUUGCAAAAAUUGUUCAAAGAGAGGGCGUGAAAGCAUUGUGGAGUGGGUUGCCGCCCUCACUAGCGGUUUCAGUUCCAACUACAGUAAUUUAUUUUACUUGCUAUGAUCAACUACGUGAUGCCCUCGUUUAUAAAUUAGGAGAUAAUGACUACAUUCCACUUAUUGCAGGUGGCAUAGCCAGAUUAUGCUCUGCUACUAUAAUAAGUCCAAUUGAAAUGAUUAGAACAAGAAUGCAGUCUGGACGAUUGACUUACACACAACUGCUUGCUCGCAUCAGUACAGGUGUCACCCAGAAUGGCUGGCUUUCACUCUGGAAAGGAUGGGGUCCUACUAUCCUUAGAGAUGUGCCAUUCUCAGCACUCUAUUGGUACAAUUAUGAAUAUUUCAAGAUGAACUUAUGCAAGAAAUCAAGUUUGCAUGAGCCAACAUUUUUUAUCAUCUUCUCAUCAGGAGCAGCAGCUGGUUCUAUUGCAGCUACAUUAACUUUACCGUUUGAUGUAAUAAAAACACACCGACAGACUGAGCUUUGGGAACUUGAUAUUACACAUUCUCCACAGAAGAAAACUGGAUCAAUAUGGGAAGUAAUGAAGAGAAUUGUGAUUCAAAAUGGAUUUACUGGAUUAUUUACUGGUAUUAUUCCAAGAUUGACAAAAAUUGCUCCUGCUUGUGCCAUAAUGAUCAGCACAUAUGAAUAUGGGAAAACUUUCUUUCGUAGAUUAAAUAAAGACAACGAUAUGAAGAACUAUUAA